AUGGAUUUCGUGCUGGUCCAGACUGGGACAGGUUCCGAGGUAGCGCCCCCCGUACUCGGGGGAGGCGCCGUCGCGACGGAAUCCCGGCAACAGCAACGGUCUCCCCCGAGGGAUGCGACGCAGACUCACGAGAGACGCCCCUUCGGGGGGACGGGUGAUAACCACGCCAGGAUAAUGCAAGAACUACGCCACAGAAUGCAGGACUUAGAGCGCAGGCUAGCAGAAAGAGAGCGCGACCAACGCUCCCCAGAGCGGAGCCCCACCCGUUCCCGUUCGAGGAGCCGCUCGAGGCGCACGCCGAGCCCCCAAUACGAGUCGGAGAGCACGGGGGAACGGGUACGCCCCAGAAGAAGAAGUCGCGACCCCAUUAUCUACGCCCGACACGAAAGGCGGCGCGCGUCGAACAGAGGCAACGAGGAAGCCCACCGCGAGAACAAUGAGUCGAGAAGAACUGCCCGAGGACCUGUCAUAAUAGGAGCGACCCCUUUCCACCGCUCUGUACUCGAGGUCCGACUACCAAAACACUUCGACAAGCCGACAGACAUGAAGUAUGACGGAACGCAAGACCCCCUGGAACACCUGACGGCCUUUGAGGCCAGGAUGAACUUAGAAGGGGUGGGAGAUGAGGAAACACCUCACCACGAAGCCCGUCUGGACGAUGCAAGAGAUCCAGGGCGUGGCCAAAGAAUACAUUAA